AUGAGGUCCCUGGUCCUCGGCCUCUUCUGCCUGUUGUGCUGUAACGCAGUCCGACUAGACAGACGGCGUCCCAGACCCGUCGCAACCAGAGGCCGGAAUGAGACCACUGUCCAAACCAGACCAGCGGAGAACCCCUGCAAAGCCAUGCCGCUGGAUUUCAUCUUUGUCAUCGACAGCUCCCGAAGCAUCCGCCCCAACGACUACGAGAAGGUCAAGGCCUUCAUCGUCAACCUGCUUCAGUUCCUCAAGGUGGGGCCAGACGCCACGCGGGUCGGCCUGCUGCAGUACGGCAGCGUGGUCCAGCCCGAGUUCUCCCUCAACACCUACACUACCAAGGCCGAGGUGGAGCAGGCGGUGAGGAGCAUGAAGCACCUCGCUACGGGGACCAUGACCGGCCUGGCCAUCCAGUACACCAUGGAGACAGCCUUCACAGAGGAGGAGGGGGCACGGCCGGCUGACCUGCUCAUCCCGCGCAUCGCCAUGGUCGUCACCGACGGGCGGCCCCAGGACACAGUGGAGGAGAUAGCGGCUCAGGCGAGGCGGGCCGGGAUCCAGAUCUUUGCUGUCGGAGUGGGCAGGGUGGACAUGAACACGCUGAAGGCCAUUGGCAGUGAGCCGCACUCUGAGCAUGUGCAUCUGGUGGCCAACUUCAGCCAGAUAGAAACCCUCAUCUCCGUGUUCCAGUCCAAACUGUGUGGAGGGUCAGAGAUGUGUGAGGUGGUGGACCACCAGUGCCAGCACAUCUGUGUGAGCAGCCCCGCUUCAUACAGGUGCAAGUGCAGGAAGGGCUUCACCCUCAACCCCGACGGCAAGACAUGCACAGAGAUCGAUCACUGUGCUGAUGGCACCCACGGGUGUGAACAGGAGUUCAUGAGCACAGAAGACGCCUGUGUGUGUAAAUGCAGGAAAGGCUACACCCUCAGAGCUGAUGGGAAAACAUGCAAAAAGGUGGAUCACUGUGCUGAUGGCACCCACGGGUGUGAACAGGAGUUUACCAAUACAGAAGACGCCUGUCUGUGUAAAUGCAGGGAAGGCUACACCCUCAGAGCUGAUGGGAAAAGAUGCAAAAAGACCGACCACUGUGCUGAUGGGAAACACGGCUGUGAACAGGAGUUUAUUAACACUGAAGAUUCAUGUGUGUGCAAAUGCAGAACUGGAUUUGUACUCCGACCCGAUGGGAAAACAUGUCAAAGUCUGGAUGUGUGUCAGACGGUGGACCAUGGCUGUGAGCACCAGUGUGUCAGCACAACUGACUCCUACAUCUGCAGAUGUUUUGAAGGAUUUAUGUUGGCUGAAGAUGGGAAGAGCUGCAGGAAGCUGGAGUGUGGAGAUGGAGUCAUGGAUCUGUUUUUUGUAAUCGAUGGCUCCAAGAGUCUGGGCCCAGCCAACUUUGAGCUGGUCAAACAGUUUGUGAACGGCAUCGUGGACUCCCUGGACAUUUCCGUGACGGGCGCUCACGUCGGCCUUCUUCAGUACUCCACCAAGGUGCGCACAGAGUUCACCCUGGGCCAGUACAGCACGGCACACAGCAUCAAGCAGGCCGUGUCCCGGAUGCAGUACAUGGGGAGAGGCUCCAUGACGGGCUCUGCCUUGCGCCACAUGUUCGAGUCCAGCUUCUCGGCCAAAGAGGGAGCCAGGCCGAAGGUCCCCCGUGUCGGCGUUGUGUUUACUGAUGGGAGAUCACAGGAUGACGUGUCUGAAUGGGCUGAGAAAGCAAAGAACUCUGGGGUCACCAUAUACGCCCUCGGUGUUGGCAAGGCCAUUGAACAGGAGCUGAGGGAAAUAGCUUCAGAGCCUGAUGAGAAGUACCUUUACUAUGCUGAAGAUUUUGAAAAAAUGGGGGAGAUUACAAAGAAGCUCAAGUCCAGGAUAUGUAAAGACAAACCAUCCAGUGAAAACAUGUGCCAGUGUGACAACGUGAUUAUGUUUCAGAAUCAGGUCACCGAGAAGCUGAAGAACCUGGCGCAGAAUAUUGAAGCCAUGACCAAGAAGCUGGACACACUCGAGAAUCAAGUCGUACACAAAUGAAAGCCAGAGACUCGUCUCCCCCCUGACCUGGAGCGUUGACUUCACAGGGCC